AAGUGUUGACCGGAAACAUUCCCCGUUCAGUCUGGGCUCCGCCAGCGUGAUGCUUGUGUGUCCUGGACAAGGGGGUGCAUGGGUGAAACAUGGCCGCCGUAGACCCGUCGGAGUCUCCAAAACGACAGAAAUGCCCUGCGGAGGAGGUGGAAACAUCUGGCGAGAAGACCGAUGCCGUGCAGUCGGGAUGCGGCUUAAAUCAGAAAGCUGCAACGACACUAAAUAAACCCUCGGAAAGCUCCCCCGACGAGCAGACUGUGGCCAUCGACGGCUGCUGUGUUGCCAGCCAUUCUGAGGUUAGUGUCGAGUCCGGUGCCGGAGCCGAAAAAACGACAUGCAGUUCACCGGAGGACCUAAAAUCUCCUGAAAAAAUGGCCGAGGCUCGUGUUAGCGACCGACGGGCUUUUGGCUGGUCCAAGACCGAAGACGGCGACCAAGAGGCACGAGCACACGAGGAGGGAAGCGAUACGCGCGACCUCAGCAAUGCCCUAGCCGGUGCCCGGGGGUCGCUGCGGGAUCCACCCGGUGGGGAGACCGCCCCAGUUGAUGCGGAGGACAGCGAUGAGAUGGAAACAUCUCAUCCCGAAGCGAAGAGCGCCGAGCAGCCGCUGGGAGAGGUCGACGUGGAAGUGAAGGAGGACGACGAGGAAGAGGAGGAGGAGGAGAUGAUGGUGGGAGUUGAGGAACAGGCAGCACGGGCACAAGAGGCCCAUUUCGCAGCCAAGCCCAUAAGGUGCCGUUUGGUGUGCAAAGAGUGCGGCAAGAGGUUCACCCGCCGCGAGACGUUCAACCUCCACCGCCACUUCCACGCACACGAGGACGAGCUCACGCCCCUCACCUGUAAAGAGUGCGGACUCACUUUUCAGCACCGCAGUGGCCUCGUCAAACACAGGAAUGAACACAAAGAGAAAGAGGAAUUGCUUGUCUCUCCAAAGAAGGAGAAGGAGACGCACACUCUGGCUCAGACACAUGCAAAGGCGGAGGGUCGUUUUAUAUGUGCGGAGUGCGAGGUGGUCUUCUUUGCAGUGGACAAGCUGAGGGAACACAGCUGCUGCAAUGUAGUAGAAAAGCCCUACCACUGCCCCCUGUGCCGCCAAGAGUUCCAGUUUAAGGUGUCUGUCACGAAGCACAUGAGGCUCCACUCCACAGACAUUGUCUUUGCGUGCCAGGAGUGCAGUCAAACAUUCCCCAACAGCGUGGCCCUGCGCUGCCACCGGCGAUGUCACGCCGCCCUGAAGCCUUAUGAAUGCCCUGAGUGCGGCUUGGUUUUCAAACACUACUCCGUCAUGGAGGACCACCGUCGCAGGCACACGGACAACACGCGCCCUCACAUGUGCAACAUCUGCGGCAAGGCCUUCAAGUACAGCAGCCUCCUCCAUCAGCAUCAGUACCUGCACACUGGCAAGAAGCCCUUCCGCUGCCCCGACUGUGACAAAACAUUCGCCUUCGCCCAGAACAUGAAGGCCCACUGCCGCCAGCAUAGACUGCGCAAAAACAACCCCCCCGCCAAAGAGCCGAGUGAGCCAGCACCGACGUCAGCGCAAGAGGCGGUUCGAGGUCCAGGAAAAGAGAACGCACACCAGCGCGAUGAAUCCAAACGCACCUUUAACUGCCCCCUUUGUCCCCGGACCUUCUCCGUGCCGGCGGACCUGAGGGCCCACAUGCUCGUUCACGAGGCAGAGUACGAGACGCUGGAGAGGACCCUCGGAGCCCCAAAGGAAAUCAACAAGAACUGGGAAAAUGGACACAUCUGUCCCCACUGCCCAUCCGUCUACCGUGAUGAAUCUAGUUUUAAUAUGCAUCUGUUAAGUGUCCACAAAUCUGUAGCACACCGUGUAGAGAAGGCGGCAACGCCAACUCCCAAUCCGUUGACUCCGUUAAGUAGUGACGACAUACAGGGGAAAUGGAGAGGCGACGGGAUCAGUAUUAAGUCCUACAAGUGCUCAGAUUGUGGGAAAACCUUCCGCCACCGUUCAGUGUUAGAGCUGCACAUGCGCAUACAUUCAAAGGACAAGCCUUACAAGUGCAAAGUGUGUGGCAAGGGCUUUAGAUUUGGUAGCUACUUGCAGCAGCAUCUCAUCAUCCAUACAGGCAAGAAGCCAUACAAAUGUUCUGACUGCGGGAAGGACUUUGCCUUCCUGCAGAACAUGAAAACACACCGAAAGCUUCAUCAGGAAAAACCGUUCCGCUGCACCAGCUGCCGUAAAGGCUACAGCGACGAGACCCAACUUCAGCACCACAUGUUAUCACACAACGGGGACAAACCGCAUAAGUGUGACUUGUGUAACAAGAGCUUCGGAUUAGCCUACCUGCUCCGGGAUCACAUGAAUACACACACAGGAGACAGACCUCAUCGCUGCGAAGAGUGUCACAAAAGUUUUUCUUGGUUCAGCAGCCUGCUCGUGCACCAGAAGAUCCAUGUGCGCAAACGCCAGGGUUUCAGCCCGUAUCCUUCCUCCCCGCUGGGCACCAGGACGAGAGGCCGAGGCAGCAGGGGGAGGCGAGGGGCGAGGCCCAUGUGGGGCUGGUCUAGGCCGUUCGGAAGUUCCAGUAUGGUCACCCCUCUGCAAUCUCCGUAUCCUGUUUCUGCACCGAGAGAUGGCGAGCUGCACAGAAAGGCAGUCCUGCCACAGGCGGCGAUGCCCGCGCCUCGCAUGGACGCGCACGGGCGAGAGCAGAAGGAGCGCUGGCUGUCCGAGCUGCACCCUCAACCAGUGCAGUGGAAGGUGAAUGGCGGUGAGGUGAUGCCGGUCCCGUCGCAGCAGCAGCAGCAGCAGCAGCAGCAGCAGCAACAACAACAAGCAGCUCCGCAGCAGACCCAGUUGGACAGUCCGACGCAUACGACGCCCUCGCAGCAGCACCAUCAGAGUGGUCCUAGCUGGGCAGACAGCUCUUUAACAACUCAGUCGGGUCCCACAUCUGCUCGGAGUUCACAGUCGCCGCGCAUGAGAGAGUGCGGAGCUGCAGUUGUCAGCUCACUUAUGACAGCAGUGCCAAACAAAUCCUGCGCGUCGACAGUGAGUGAGAUGGAGCAGCACAAGCCGGUCACUUGGGGCGGCACAGCCGCGUCCACAGCGCUCGCGUCCACAGCGCUCGCCUCCACGAGCUCGCUGCAGCACAACUUUCCUCUUCCUUCGUCUUACGUAGACGGGGCGGCUCUGUGGAGUAUCAGACCGUCUCUGCUCGCAAAUUCACAGAGCUCUCAAAAUAAGCUUGGUAAAGACAUUCAGCUGCCAAGAUGGCCAGGUGCCCCGGUGUUGAUACAAAUGGAGCCAUCGACACCGCCUAAGAAGGAGGACACUGGAGGUUGGGACGUUGGUAACUCUCAAGUUAUGCUGUCGACCGUUAGCCAGCCUGAGAAGCCGUGGAACGGCUGUGAGCUGCAGAAGCCGUGGGUUACAGGCUUAGUAGGCGUGUCCACAUCAGCUCAAGUAGACCAAAGCAGUGGUGUGCCAAUUUCUACUCCCAUUUCUCACGGGGUAGGUAGCACCUUGUGGGACAUAACAACACCACCAGGAAUUCCAAAGACUAUAAACCCUGAGAAAUUGGUACAUGCCCAAGACUUUCAGCUGCAGCAAAAGCAGGUGCCAUCCUCUUGGGCCAAUGUGCAGAGUCACACCACGACACAGAACGUUCCCAUCUCCAUUCAAUACGAGCCUCGUCGUUUUGGCCAUGGUUUGGGAACGCCAGUAUGGGGCUUCCAAAGCACUCAAACGCUGCUCGCCGGGCAACUCAAACCAGGGGGUGGAAAAGAGCUGCAGCAACAGCCGAUGGUGUCAGGCACUCAAAUAAUCAUCAAUCAGCCGCCUCCUUUCUUCACAGCUCCACUCACUCCGCUCCCACCUCUUGCAUUGCCCGGCCCACACCCUCUUCACUCUGUUACACUCUCAAGACCCCCACACCCAAAUAUUUUUUUUGCACCACAGGCGGUAAUGAGCGAAAGGCCACAUUUAACACAAACCCUGCCCCUACCUCAGCUCGCCGCACAGACGGAACCUCACAAACUUGGACCCCGUUUGCCUUUUGGCGCAGAACGGCUUCUUCAGUGCAUGAUAUGUGGCUGUUCUCUUCCCCGGGAGCUAGAUCUACAAAUGCAUUAUUUGCAGCAUGCACAAGGAGAGAUUUGACAGUUCUACACUAGCACCAAGACUUUAUUUUUUUAUAUUUUUUUACUCCGUGGGACCUCAUUUAUUAUUGUUAAUUAAGCAGUUUGACCAGUUGAGUGGAUGAUAAUUAGAAACAAACAGGUAACUUUAAUCAUGUUUAAGGUUGUUCAGCGACAAAGUCAAAUACAGAGGGGGUUUGUACAAACAUUACAUUAGUUUCCUCUUUUGAAAUGCACAUAAGUUAUCCAAAUAACCGGUCCAAGCCACUCCUGAAGGCGGAAGAUUCAUAUGGUUUUACAGUGUGUGCUUCAUUUAUUGCCAACAGCAUUUAGAUUUGCAUAAUAUUAAUACUUUUAUAGUUCACCUGAUUUGUCCUGAACUAUUUAACCGUGUUUCUUCAUGUAAAGUAUACUGUGUGCCUUUUAUGAGUACAGUGUGCAUGUCUGCUGUCUUGGUAUUGUAGGCAUAGUUUGUGCUUAAGGUUGGCUCAACGACGUGACCUCACACCCAAAACCUAGAGCAACUCUUUGUAAGCUCCCUUUCUAAAGAACUGUUUGCUUUUGAGGAGAAGAGGGUUGGGCGGUUGUUUCACUGAUUACUUAUGUCCGACUACACACACUUCCCGUUGAGAAGGACUUGUAGUCACAAUGCUGUUGGCUGGAUCCAAAUAUCUCACGAGUCAAGUUCUCAACAUUUGGUCAAAGAAAGAGUGCAAACAUAAUGUUCAUGUAAAUGUCACAGUAAGAGUUAGCCGUUAAUUGCUUAUUGGGAGAAAAAUACAGGGAGAAAGUGUCUUUACAAAAUGAUUGACAACACUGUUGUCAAAUAAUGAAUUUUGUAGUAAAUUCAACAUCCAUUUAUGUGAAAAUAUGUCAGUAAUAUUUAUCAUAAUGAAAAGACAAACUGAUGAUAUAAAAUGUAUAUUAUGCUCUAAUUGGUCUGGUAAAAUUCAAGUAAUUUAUGGAGCUAUGUCAUGACUGAUUGAAUGCAAUUUGUUUUCAAACAGAUACUGGGUGGGAGUGCUUAGAACCUACUGCAAACCUAUGAGUACCGUGUAAUAGGUAUCUCUUCAUUAUUUCAGAUUGGAAUGUACCUAUAUUUAUAAAAGUCCACUUUUGAGUUAAAUGCAAUUUGUUUUUUGUGAAUACUGAACGAUUUAAUUUCAUGAUUGUAGAUUUAGCCGAGUACAGAAUCCCAUCUCUAUUACAAUGGGCAUUUGAGUAGCUUUGGUAGCCCAAUAAUUAAUGAUUGAAUAUUACUGCUAAUGCAUUACUACUGUAAAAUAAACAAGCGGUCCAUUUGUACAAAAAAAGAAACGUCCCUCUGUGUCUUAACAUUCAUCGUCUCAAGUUAAUAGAAAUAUGUGCCCUUCUACCUCUAUCCACUGUUUUAGAAUGGAAAGAAAUUUCAUGGUGUCUAUAUAAUAAAUAAAAUAAAACUUGCCUUUGUUUACAA